AUGUCACCGGAACUGACCUUCGACAUUUUUAGGCUACCUACAGUAUCAGAGCUGCGGUGCUUCGACGGCGUCCAGGACCCGCGCAUACUCAUGGCCAUCAACGGCAAGGUGUUCGAUGUGACCAAAGGCCGCAAGUUCUACGGGCCCGAGGGGCCAUACGGGGUCUUUGCUGGAAGAGAUGCAUCCCGGGGCCUUGCCACAUUUUGCCUGGAUAAGGAAGCACUGAAGGACGAGUACGAUGACCUUUCUGACCUCACUCCUGCCCAGCAGGAGACCCUGAGUGACUGGGACUCUCAGUUCACUUUCAAGUAUCAUCCUGUGGGCAAACUACUGAAGGAGGGGGAGGAGCCCACUGUGUACUCUGAUGAGGAAGAAGCAAAAGAUGAGAAUGCUCGGAAAAAUGAUUAAAGCACCCAGUGGAAGCAUA